AUGGAUACAUUAUCAACUGGUUCGCUCUCUGGAGCACAGAAAGAAGAAUUAAUGGAUCAGGUGAAACAGCAAAUUGCCAUAGCGAACGCUCAGGAAUUACUGACGAAAAUGUCGGAAAAAUGUUUCAAAAAGUGCAUCAAUAAACCUGGAACAGCCCUAGACAAUUCUGAACAGAAAUGUAUUGCGAUGUGCAUGGACAGAUAUAUGGAUGCAUGGAACUUGGUGUCCCGAACAUACAGCAGUCGUAUUCAGCGAGAGAGGAACAACAUGUGA